AUGAUAUAUAUAAAUAUAAUUUGCAUCAUACUGGUGGUCUGUUCGGUGCAGAGUCUUCAGUUAGAGAGCCAGACAUCGACGAAGAGACCGAGAUUCACCAAGUAUAGCAGAACGACGGCCUUCCCUGGCGGGUCAACGGAACCAGCUACAGAGCGCAGCCUAAUGACAGCAACGUAUCGUCUGUACGGCAGCGGUGGUGAAACUUGCAUACUGUUUACUGUUGACGCCUUGCUCGACAUAUCGUAUGUGACGAAGCUGAAUGAAAGAGCGGAUGCAAACACGUUUGUUCCAAAUAACGCGAAUGUUGGCGGUGCGUGUAAAGAGAGUGACAUGGAAACUUUGACACUUUCCUUUAAGGAGUUCUCCUUAGAAAUGGCCUUUGCAAAGACACCAGGCGGCGAGCGUUGGUACGCGGACAGCAUAAGACUAACAUACAAUUCAAGUUCGAGAAUCUUGGAGCAUGCAGCAAAGCAAGGACGAAGGGUCACCCUCUCUACUGGACCAAGAGCCCUGUUAUUCCCCACUCCUGUAGGCAAAUCCUUCUCCUGUCCUGAGGAAACUGUAAUCGAUUUAGCUGAGGAACAACCUAACAACCCAACAAUCGCGCACCGAGGUAAAUUAUACUUACGUCAAAUGCGUUUACAGGCGUUUAUGUUUAAACGCGACGGUGAGUUCGGUCCGCCGUGGCACUGUACCGAUUCCGCGCGCGCUCGUUCCGAAACUGCCCCCGUCGCGGUGGGGGCAGCACUGGCUAUCGCGACCGCGGGGACCCUUAUGGGUUACGCCAUUUGGCGUUACUUGAAAGUAAAGAAAGUACAGUAUGAUACGAUGGAAUGA